CGCUGCGAUCGGACUGAGGGACAAACCCUCACUCCGGUUUGUCAGGCGAGCGUGAGCCGAGGCAAAGGCUAGAGAUGCGUACUCGCUUAGGAAGCGGGUGUUUCAGAAAGCGCGGCGCGCUAGCGCUGCAGAGGUGCCCUGCGGGGGUGGGACGCAGAUUUUAACAGAGGCUCAGCGGAAAGGAUGUGCGUUGGAGGGGCUUGACGGGGACACACUCAGAAUGAAAGGCCCCGGAGGAGGCGUUCCCUGCUCGUGGGCACACUGUUGGCGGAAGGAGGCCUGGAAUCCGUCGGGAAAGCUCUGCAGUCCCUGGUCCCCCUCUGCGGGAGUCAGGCGGACAGCGAUGAGUUUAGGAAAUGCCCCGCGGAUGAAACUCUAGGGCAAAUCGAUUGCUUUUUGUGGUGUCUCUGGCAGCUCUGGAGUCUUGCAUCUUCAUUUCUCGCGUGCGCAUGGGGGCCGGAGGGCGGCAUGAUUGGGUGCCGGGAAGGACGGGGACAGAGAUGCCCUCCAGAUUCAUCUCGCGCUCCUCAGCUUUGGGCAGCCAGGAGGGAGUGGAUUGGGAAUGGCUGCUCUGUCAGCCUGCCAAGCCCAAACUGCCGCGGCGCACUGGGGCUAGUUUUGUGGCAGAGGAGGGGCAACAUUCCUCCCACUCUCCUCCUCCCAUAUCCACGGGACCUGUGGAGGUGUAAGUUUUGUUUGGCUUUCCCUGAAUCCCAGUUUAGAGAUUUGUGUUGGAGGAGACCGUGGAAAGGAAGCCUGGUGACGCAGGCAGCCUUCCAGGCAUGAGCCACUGGGAGCUACGGCUCUGAAGAGAACAGUUUCCUCACGAGAUACUAUGUCCUUGUCCUCACGGCCCCCAGGUCCCUGCAACCAAGAGCCUCCCCCUUGGGCCCCUAUUCCUCCAUUUGGCUCGAGUGGGUGUUACUGAUGUCAAGAUGCUGAGUGCCCCUCUGCUAUGUGGCUAGAGGACCAUAGGGGGCUUUUCCAAGUUGUGUGUGUGUCUGUCUGUGGGUGCAUGCACGUGUAUGGCGUGGACAUGGUGUCAUAAUCGAAAACCCAAAGACAUUGUCCAUCCUUUUUCCUGGAGCGCUCAGGAUACUGUCAACACAGACCGUGUGACUGACCCACAAACCUUAAUGGGUGGCACCUUUUUGCCUCAUCUCACAAAACCAUUAUUCUAUUGUAGCCUCUCUUCAUUCAUCCCUUAUCCACCAAUUCAGAGGCAUUUUCUCCUUCCCAUUCACCUUGCAGAGGGACUGCCAAGGUCAUCCCAUGACAGGGAGGGCUUGGCAAGGUAAAGGGCGGUGAGUGAGUUGAGCCCAGGCUGGGGCUCAGUCAUGCUUCAUUCUAGAGGCUUCUGGGGGUCGUUUGCCUAAGGCUUCUACUGGGCUGGACCCAUUCUCUAUCACCUGCCAAUAAACUGGGGCCCUGCCCACCCCUGGAUUGGACAGCUCAGUGGUUGGAUUUGAACUAGCCCUGCCCUGGAGUCUCUCUUCAGGCUCUUUGAUGGUUGGCUGACUGCAGGAGGCUGUGGUUCCCUUGUCGAUCACCUUCCAGGUGCCCUGGGGCCACGUGCCUCUGACUAUUGUCCAGGCUGGUGUGUGCAAAGCAAGAAAGUAUGAGGACACUGGAAGACUCCUCUGGGACAGUCCUGCACCGCCUCAUCCAGGAGCAGCUGCGCUAUGGCAACCUGACUGAGACACGCACGCUGCUGGCCAUCCAGCAGCAGGCCUUGCGGGGUGGGGCUGCAGCUGGGGGCACAGGGAGCCCCCAAGCCUCCCUGGAGAUCUUGGCACCUGAGGACAGCCAGGUGCUGCAGCAGGCCACAAGGCAGGAGCCCCAGGGCCAGGAGCAUCAGGGUGGUGAGCCCCACCUGGCAGAGAAUACCCUCUAUCGGCUGUGUCCACAGCCCAGCAAGGGCGAGGAGCUGCCCACCUAUGAGGAGGCAAAAGCCCACUUGCAAUAUUAUGCCGCCCAGCAAGCAGGGCCCCGGCCACAUGUUAGUGACCGGGAUCCCCGCGGGGCCCCUGGAGGCAAUCAAAGGCAGGAUGAGGCCCUUCGGGAGCUGAGGCAUGGGCACGUGCGCUCCCUGAGUGAACGGCUCCUGCAGCUGUCCCUGGAGAGGAACGGUGCCCGGGCCCCAAGCCACAUGAGCUCCUCCCACAGCUUCCCACAGCUGGCCCGAAACCAGAAAGGCCCCCCAGCCAGGGGCCCCCCUGCCGAAGGCCCAGAGCCCCGUGGACCUCCACCUCAGUACCCACACGUUGUGCUAGCUCAUGAGACCACGACCGCUGUCACCGACCCUCGGUAUCGCGCCCGCGGCAGCGCACACCUCCAGCAUGCUGAAGUCAGGAUCCUGCAGGCCCAGGUGCCUCCUGUGUUCUUCCAGCAGCAGCAGCAGUACCAGUACCUGCAGCAGCCCCAGGAGCAUCCCCCACCCCAACACCCAGCUGCUCUUGGCCAUGGCCCCCUAAGCUCCCUCAGUCCACCUGGGGUAGAGGGGCCAGCAAGCAUCCAGGCCUCCUUGGCCACUUCAGGCAGUGCCCACCUGGCCCAGAUGGAGACGGUGCUGAGGGAGAAUGCCAGGCUGCAGAGGGACAACGAGAGGCUACAGAGAGAGCUAGAGAGCUCAGCAGAGAAGACUGGCCGCAUGGAGAAGCUGGAAAACGAAAUCCAGAGGCUCUCUGAGGCCCACGAGAGCCUGACGAGAGCUUCUACCAAACGGGAGGCCCUGGAGAAGACCAUGCGGAACAAGAUGGACAGUGAAAUGAGGAGGCUGCAGGACUUCAACCGGGAUCUUCGAGAGAGAUUGGAAUCUGCAAACCGCCGCCUGGUGAGCAAGACGCAGGAGGCUCAGGCAGGGAGUCAGGACAUGGUGGCCAAGCUGCUUGCCCAGAGCUAUGAGCAGCAGCAAGAGCAGGAGAAGCUCGAGCGGGAGAUUGCUCUGCUACGCGGUGCCAUCGAGGACCAGCGGCGGCGGGCUGAGCUGCUGGAGCAGGCUCUGAGCAAUGCGCAGGGCCGGGCAGCACGAGCUGAGGAGGAGCUGCGCAAGAAGCAAGCCUACGUGGAGAAGGUGGAGCGGCUGCAGCAGGCACUUGGGCAGCUGCAGGCUGCAUGUGAGAAGCGUGAGCAGCUGGAGCUACGUCUCCGCACGCGGCUGGAGCAGGAACUCAAGGCCCUGCGUGCACAGCAGAGGCAGGCUGGCACCCCCAGUGGUAGCAGUGGCAGCGGGGGGUCCCCAGAGCUCAGUGCUCUGCGGCUAUCAGAACAACUGCGGGAGAAGGAGGAGCAGAUCCUGGCGCUGGAGGCCGACAUGACCAAGUGGGAGCAGAAGUAUUUGGAGGAACGUGCCAUGAGGCAGUUUGCCAUGGAUGCAGCCGCCACAGCUGCCGCCCAGCGUGACACCACUCUCAUCCGACACUCCCCCCAGCCCUCGCCGAGCAGCAGCUUCAACGAGGGCCUGCUUGCUGGCGGCCAUAGGCAUCAGGAGAUGGAAAGCAGGUUAAAGGUGCUUCAUGCGCAGAUCCUGGAGAAGGAUGCUGUGAUCAAGGUCCUUCAGCAGCGCUCCAGGAGAGACCCUGGCAAGGCCGCCCAGGGCUCUCUGCGGCCUGCCAAGUCUGUGCCAUCCAUCUUCGCAGCUGCAGCAACAGGGACCCAGGGCUGGCAGGGGCUCACCUCUAGUGAGCGACAAGCGGAUGCCCCUGCCUGGCUGGCUACAGCAGACAGGGCCCCUACAGAGGAGCCAAUGGCCACAGCUCCCCUCCCCGCCCAUGCCAAACAUGGGAGCAGAGAUGGGAGCACCCAAACUGAUGGACCCCCUGACAGCCCUGCUGCCUGCCUGGCACUGGAACCUGACAGCCUUCUGGGGUGCAGCAGUGGCCAGAGGACAGCCUCAUUAGACUCUGUUGCUGCAUCGAGAGUCCAGGAUUUGUCGGAGAUGGUGGAGAUACUGAUCUGAAGGAAGUGAUGCCGUGGGGACUCGGAACCAUUCCCUGCUCUCCUCAGCCACUCUCGGCCAUUCUAGCAGCCCCCUCCAACUGCUGCUUCCCCACUUUCCUCAACCGGCCACUCAUUCCCUUCGACUAUCUGGUCCCAGAAGGUUAGGAAGGAUGCUACAGGGGAGAGAGAUGCUGUGAGGGCACCUAUGCCCCAGAAGACUGUGCUUCUUAGCCUUAUAUUCCUCCUGGGCCCAUACAGAAUGAAGAUUCAGCCUUUACCUGCUGCCCAAGGCUUGCUGCUGGGGUAGCAACUGAAAGCUCAGAAGAGAGCUGAAUCCCCUAAGAGUACCCCAGUUGGCAGCCAGACGGGGAGGGAGGGAUGGGGUGUAUUGAUUUAAGGUGUUGCUUUCCAAGGAUGGCUGCCCGUGGAUUCCAGGUAGGCUGGUUCAAGUUGGCCACAGUGUUCCCCUCUGGCUAAGUGUGGUCCCAGCCAGCCCCAUCUGCCCCCAGCUAUUCACUGCCUCCUUGAGAUCACUGAAACUUGCAUCUUUGGGGGGACUGUUGAAGGCUCUGCCACAGCCUCACCCCCUCAGUCGGAGUGGGUGGGGGCUAUUUAAGGGGACUGGGAUCUGCCGGGCAGCUUGUAUAUAAUUCGCAUUCUUGUGGAACGGAAGAUUGAAGUGCGCUGUUUCGGGCUUGUCCCCUCAUUUUGUGCUCUCAUCCCUGCUGCCAAGAUUCCUGCAGCUUCUGACUUACCUCCCAGUUAUCUCCCCUUCUCAAGGUCUUGGCCCGUGUAUUUUGAUCCUGGUUGAUCCAUGAGAUAUUGGCUGUCUUUUGCUCCCAUCUUGAGCCCUGUUUUAAAUGCCCGUGGGACACCCCCUCCCCAUCCUCAGCCUCUUGAAAUGGCUCCGCAGCUCCUGUUCCUGGGACAUCUUGUCGGUUUGGUUAUGAACCCUGAGCCAGAUGAAAUGAGCCACCACACACAGACUUCUGCCAUGGUGGGCUUCCUAGCACCAGCUGAAGGAAACUGGGGAAGUUGCCUUGUUCUCAUCAGAGUCUUUGUUCUCACCUGGAGGGACUGAGAGAGAGAGCUAUGCUCUUGAAAACUAGUCAAUGAGCUACAAGGUGUGACUCCAAAGUCGUUUGAAGGGAGCCCCCAUCACAAAAUGGCACCCAUGAGGCUGGCUCCUCAAGCUACCCAUGCCCAGCGCCCUGAAGCAGGGCCAAUGCUUGGAAUUAGGGUGGCGCAUCCACAUGGCAGCCUGCCAGCAGCAGCAACUUUGACUUUUGGUCUUAAAGAGUCCCCCAACUCAGCCCCAGGAGCGAUUGGAGGGUUUUACCUAUUUGUCUUGACUGUUUUUAGUUCUUGAAUAUUUGUUUUUUCCUUUUCUGUUUUUAAGUUUUGUAUGUGUUAUUUUAUUCCUUGGUUCAUUUUUGAACAUUUGCAUUUGCUGGACAAUUGCAUAUUUUUUUAAAUCGCCCUUCCCUUUUAAAGCUGAAAAGUACAUUUGGUUCAUGUGCAUUGUUUACAAAGCAAAAAGGAAAAAAAAAGAAAAAAAGGCAAAAAAAUAUCGUGAAAGAAAAAAAACAUCUUAAUAUAUUUUGGAUUAAUAUUUGGUAUUUCUUUUAAAGUAUUUUUUUUUGUGCUGUGAACGUUUUUCUGCCAAAGACCAUGAUGUGUGUCUGUAUGUUUAAGUUAUCGUAAAUAUUUAAAAUGUAAACAUGGCUGUUUUGUUAUGCCACCCUGUACCAGGAUUGCUGCUGCAUUCCACUGGGUAUAACAGUAUUUUAAUAAAAAAUAAUAAUUGAAAGUG